CCUCUGUUUUUCUCUCAACAGGAGAGAGGGACCUGAUGAGUCAGAGGGGAGGAUAGAUGAGUGACGGACACUACUAGUGGGUUCCAGACACACAAAUCCAAAUCAAGAAGGUACAUUCCUCUUCCUCUCGCCACAACAUGUUCUCUGAACAUUUCAUAAAGGCUCCUGAUCCACUGCAGAGCCCCGGUCUCAGUACCACCGUAGAAGCUACCGCAGUAUGAACCGGGCUUUCAACAGGAGAAACGAUAAAUCUGGAGGAAUGACAUCCCCUGAGGCUUUGGCCAAGAAUCACAUGGCGUACAAUGUCAAGUUCCUUGGCGUAACAGAGGUUGACCAACCUAAAGGCACAGAUGUCAUAAGGGUAGCAGUGAGAAAGCUGAAGUUCCAAAGGCAUAUCAAGAAAUCAGAGGGACACAAAACACCGAAGGUGGAGCUGCAGGUAUCCAUCUACGGAGUGAAAUUAUUAGACCCCAAGACCAGAGAUGUACAGCACAACUGUCAGCUUCAUAGGAUAUCCUUCUGCGCGGACGACAAAACGGACAAGAGGAUAUUCACCUUCAUCUGCACAGAGCCAGAGACCAAAAAACACAUCUGUUAUGUGUUCGACAGUGAAAAAUGUGCAGAGGAGAUCACCGUCAGCAUUGGUCGAGCAUUUGACCUGGCGUACAGGAAGUUUCUGGAGUCUGGCGGAAAAGACGUGGAGAUGAGGAAACAGAUCGGCAGUCUGCAGAAAAGAAUUCUGGAACUGGAAACUGAAAAUUCCAAGUUGAAAGAACGACUUCAAGAUCUAGAGGAUCACAUGGCAGAUUGUCAAGGCUCACCGCUUCUACACUUGAACUCUUCUAACGAGGCCCACAUGCUGCCGAGUCGCUCGUCUAUGUUCUGGGAUGACAGUGUCAGCCUGAACGCCCUUUCCUUUCUAGAGAUGUCCUCUGUGGCUCUAACCCCAGCCAGCUCUCCAGACUCCAGUAUCUCCGCUGGUCUACUAACCCCUCCACCCAGUAAACCUGCCCAGCCCAGGCUACCGCAGCAUUAUGGGUGCUGCUUACCUCGACCGCGAGCAUGGAGCACCAUAUCCAGGCCUACCCCAACGGACGUUUUCGACAUGGUUCCAUUCUCCUCAGGGUCUCCUAUGGCAAGGAAACCUGCCAUCAAUGGGUCCUCCCCUCCUCCUCCCUCCUUUUCACCUCCUCCACCUCCUCCACAUGUUUUCCUGAAAGAGAGAGGAACAGAUAUUUUGGGGGCGGAGCCUUUUGACCCGUUCCUCUGCAACACAUCCUUUCCUCCUGACGUCCAAUCUAAACUGGAUGAAAUGCAGGACACACUGCUCGAGACUUCUGUAGUCUCUGGUUGGAUCACUGACCUGUGUGUCUCUCUGAAGGAGGGGUUCAAUAUGGGACUAACCCUGGAGGGCACCAUCUUCUCUCUGGACCCAGUAGACAGCCGCUGCUGACCCCAACGUGGACAGUUGAUGCUGACCCCAACACAACCCCAACAUGGACAGUUGAUGCUGACCCCAACGCAACCCCAACGUGGACAGUUGAUGACCCCAAUGCUUUCCUUUUGUAGACAUAAUUUAAUUGGUAAAGAAGUAUUUGUAUAAAUUCAACAUUUCUGGAACUAUUUGCAUUGGUUUAAAUGGUGACCAAUGUCAUGAUAAAUGCACUGCAGUAGAUGACUAUUUUUCUACCCCAUAAAUAAAAUGGAUAUGUCAUUUUUUUGUUGUUGGGGGGUGCAUUGCUUUUGUCAUUUGGAUUAUUGUGCAGUCAUUAAAUGUGAUUAGUGGUUGACAAGAUUGGAAGACCAUUAGCUCAUUGACUUCAUUUUAUAGACGCUGGCACUUUAACAAAUAUUUACUGUAUAAUUUUUAAAUUACUUUUUACCUUUUCAUUGUUGUUCGUCGAUAAACGUAUUGGUUAGAGGUAAAGAUAUUUGUUUGGCGCCAGGUUAGGAAAAGAGUAUGAGAGAGUACCACACCAGGAAAAACAUCAGCAGAAGAGAGGGUAGCCUGUUUGCUAGGUAGCCAGUGGAGAGAAAGGAUAAGAUGCCAUAUUAAACACGUCACAGCACAGGGGUAACCCAACCAAUAAUACCGCAUACAAUAAUAAUGGCAGAGCAAUUUAAAAGGCAACUUCAUAGAAACAAUUGACAAGAAGGAACCCAGUCAUAACCCUUAGAAUUUUCAAUAUUUGGUAUUACCUCCCCGUGGGGGAGUGAGGUGUGUGUUCAAAGACAAAACAAAUAACGCCUUAAUGUCAAAACUGUUAAAACAAUAAACUCAUGCAACCUCCCUUUAA